AUGAACAAUAACUUCUGCAGGGCCCUGGUGGAGCGCAGGCCCGGUGCGCCCCCCAGUUGCAUGCAAUUGGGGGUCGUGCCCGCGCCCCCCAGGCAGGCGCCUCUACCCCCCGCCGAGCCCCUGGGAAACGUGCCUUUCCUGUUGUACCCGGGGCCUGCCGAGGCGCCCUACUACGACGCCUACGCGGGCGUGUUCCCCUACGUGCCCUUCCCGGGCGCCUUCGGGGUCUACGAUUACCCCUUCGAGCCCGCCUUCAUCCAGAAGCGCAACGAGCGCGAGCGGCAGCGGGUCAAGUGCGUGAACGAGGGCUACGCGCGCCUCCGGGGCCACCUGCCCGGCGCGCUGGCCGAGAAGCGGCUCAGCAAGGUGGAGACGCUGCGCGCCGCCAUCCGCUACAUCAAGUACCUGCAGGAACUGCUCAGCGCCUCCCCGGACGGAGGCCCGGCACCCCUCGGAGCGCCCACCUGCCGGGGCCCCGAUGCGUCCGAGUCCCCCUGCUUCUCCUCCUCCUCACCUCUGCUGGAGUCGGAGGAGUCCAGCCACUGA